AUGCCGUCGACCGUAGACACCGCUCCCGCGGAGGAUACUCCAUCAGCGCCUGCAGUGGAUGCUUCUCCUGUUGUUGAAGCACCGACGCCACAAGACGAAACGCCGAGAGAAGAACCUGUGACGGAAGCUCAUAAGCUCAAGCCCUCUUCGUCCUCUGUCUUUUCAUCAGACACUCGAGCAUCGUGGUACACCCCAUGGGCGUGGUAUUAUUACUCUACUACAACCGAACCUGCACCUACGGGCAUGACACCGAGUGAGAUGGUCAAAGAGGAAGCGUUGGCAAGAGAUAGUGUGGAGUCCAAUGAGGUAGUUAUGACAGAUGCCAAUGAUGGCAACGAAGCCCGAGAAGAGGUUAAUCCUAUAACUUCAACUAUCAGCACAAAUCGCUCUGGAUGGGCCGCCUUUUUCUCUUCUGCUUCGUCAUCGAGAUUGGGGGCCAAGAGCAUAGAAGAUGUCAGGCCAAGUGGAGAGAUGGAGGUUAUGAACAUUGAUGAAGAUGAUUUGCCUAGUAACUCCGAGGCGAAGGAUAGCCAGAAGCAAGAGGACGUCCAGAAAUCGGGUCCGACUGAUCAAUCCUAUGUAGGAUCACCACCACCUUCUCCGACGCGGACGAAAGGCAAGGAUGGGGAGACCAAGCGGGAAAUUCCCCAACUCAUUAUCUCGGAGGAUGUAAAGUCCAAGGCGGCGAAACGCAAGUCAUCUGGAUCGCGCUCUCCUUCUGCAUCGUCAUCCAGGUCUUCUUCGAUAAAGUCUGGCACGACCACUGCAUCCAAGAAAAUGUCCGGUGCAACCACUCCGCCCAAGAAGCCAGUCGCACCACGUCCGCCGCCUCCACCAAAUUUGGUACUGCCUUCGUGGCGAGACACCUUCCAUUCGGCACCUCGGAAUAUCAUCCCUGCUUCCCCGCAAUCGUCAAGUAGGCUUGGCAGAACAGUCAGAUUCCUCCUUGGAGGUAGCACCGAUGGAGGCAGAGGAAAGGAGAGGGAUAUAAGUGCGGAUGUAGGUGUUGGUCUGCCGAGAGCUUGGGAUGUCCUUCAGGGAAAGUCGUCACCUUCGGAAGCUGGUAUGGGAGAUGUAUUGAGAGGUUGUAAACGAGUUGUUGUCAUUGGUAUUCACGGAUGGUUUCCUGGUACUAUGAUGCGGACUGUCCUUGGAGAGCCUACAGGUACCUCUCCCAAGUUUGUCUCAAUGACCCUUCAAGCACUUGACGAGUUCCAAGCUCGGCAUGAAGUGAAGCUUGAGAAGGUGACAGGAAUUCCGUUGGAAGGGGAGGGAACGAUUGGUGGUAGAGUUGACAAAUUAUAUACCUCGUUGACGAGCAACGCAGAAUGGAUGAGUGACUUGCAUGAAUGUGAUGCCCUCAUAGUUGCUACGCAUUCUCAGGGUUCUGUCGUGUCAACCCACCUGUUGGACCGUCUGUUACGAGAGGGUCAUCUUGUCACUUCAUUCUCGCCUGGCGAGCAGGAGUCGUUGUCUCUCGGCGUUGAGCCGGGUCUUGUGGCAAGCAGGAAAAAGCAGAGAAUUUGCUGCCUCGCACUCUGUGGUAUCCAUUUGGGACCCCUGCGCUACCUUAGUACUAGCUCGCUCUUUCAGCCUUACUUUCAGUACUUUGAGGGCGAGGCGACGAGAGAACUGUUUGAGUUCCAGAAAACAGAAAGUGACGUAUCGAAGGCGUACGUAUCCGCCCUUCGGAAUGUUGUAGGCCAUGGCGCGAAAAUGAUUUACAUCGCGUCACUGAAUGACCAAGUUGUCCCUCUGUACUCGGGCCUGUUCACAAACGUGAAGCAUCCGCUGAUCUUAAGAGCAGUCUACAUUGAUGGUGAUGCGUAUCACUCGUCGGACUUCCUGUCGAAUCUUCUUGUCUUACUCCUUCGGAUUCUGAACACCGGACUAUCCGAUUCUGGGCUGAUAGCUCACUUGUCAGAAGCUACGGCUGGUUCUUUGAAUGGCGUGGGUCACUCAACGGCGUAUGAGGAGGUGGGAACAUAUGCUCUUGCUGUAAACUAUCUCUUCCUGGCCGACGACGGCACCGAUACCAACCAAGUUGAGCUGAAACUGGAUGACUUCAAUGCAGCAACAGAGCAGAAUGACUAUGAGAUUCCGUGGUCUCUCCGAGAUCUCAUUGCGGAUCCUUCUAUUCAACGGUUCUUCGAAGGAGAGUUUCUAAGCCUGAGAGAUGCGUUCAAGGAGUGGCAUCCCAAGACGACGAUUUUGAGGGAUGUUAAGAAGAAGUUGGCUCCAAUUACGAGGAUGAAGGGGGGUACGUCAGGUGGGAUUCCACCACCCGCCAUGCAAGGUAACAGUAAACUCUGA